UAAACAUUACAAAAACGAUGAUUCAAACAACCGUUUUAUCAUUUAAUGAAGUUUAGUACACUAUUUGCCAAAUAUAACUGAUUUGUGGUCAUACGUGAACAAUAUCUAUGAGAAAUCUAUAGUUUCAUAACUUUUAGUGAAUGUGCAAAAACUUUACCACAAAUGUGUGAUCGACUGCCAGGGAUAAGGAUAUAACAAGAUAUUACCACUUAUUAUAAUAACUGAAUACAAUAGUGAAGAAUAAUAUAAAAGCCAAAAAAUAUGCCCAUUUUUGGGGGUAAAAAACCGAAAUCACCGGACCUUUCGAUCAAUGGUGGAGUAGUUAAUGAAAAUCUGAGUAAAAUGUCAAAUAAUAAUAAUAAUAAUAACAAUCGCGGGGAGAAUACAAACGGCAAUAGGAGUGAUAGUAAUGGCAAUAAAAGUGGACAAACAGUUCCCCCGAAGUUAGUAUUCCAGUGCCAGUUGGCUGAGGGCAGUCAUACGGCACAGGUAUCCAAUUUCUCAAAUAUUAGGGAACUGUAUGAGAGAAUCGGCGAAAACUUUAAUAUCCCAGCGUCUGAAAUCCUUUACUGCACAUUAAACACACAUAAAGUAGAUAUGGAUAGACUUCUUGGUGGCCAAAUAGGUCUGGAUGACUUUAUUUUCAUUCAUCGUAAAGGACAGCGAAAAGAGUUAGAAAUGACUAAAACUGACGAAUACUUGGGACUAACCAUUACUGACAACGGAAACGGUUAUGCAUUCAUCAAAAAAGUCAAAGAAGGCAGCGCUGCCCAUCAGAUCAAGUUCAUUGAGGCCGGCGAUCACAUCGAGAAAAUCAAUAACGAAAGUAUGGUUGGUUUGCGACACUUCGAAGUGGCAAAGACUUUGAAAGACAUCAAAUUAGGCACCACUUUCAUCAUUAGACUCAUCGAGCCCUUCAAAAAUAAAAGUAUUGGUCCGCGAAGUGAGUCGUCGUCUCGGAAGUCGUCGCCAUCGAUGCCAUCGUACGGAUCGGGAAAAGAGACGCUGAGAAUCCGGAAGAAGGGACCGCCGGUCGUCGAGUCGAUGCCCACGGAUGUGAUCAAAGCGGCAUUGGAUCGCAUCAAUGGACUGUUGGAGUCAUUCAUGGGAAUCAAUGACAACGAGUUGGCCAAUGAAAUCUGGGAUUUGGCACAACUCAAGACCAAUCCGCACGAGUUUGUUGUGGCCAUUGAUAACUCGGACCUCAAAGAGUUUGGAUUCAGCGAUAACUUUAUAUUUGAUUUGUGGGGCGCUGUCAGCGACGCCCAAGCCGGCCGUUUGGCCAAAGUUUGAUCGAUUGAUUGAAAGUUUUUCUUAUUUAAAGUCCGC